AUGGGUAUUGAAGGUGCCUUCCAUAGGCCUUUGAGGGCGUCUUCCAUAGACUUAGAGACGCCUUCCACAAGGCAGAUCAGCCUCCAGCUAAUUGAAGAAAAUGGACCGUCUUCCUCCUUCACUCAUGUCCAUCAACGUCAAAGAUUGCUUCAAUCCAAUGUCGAGCAGGAGCUCAACAACGUUAGCAACAACAGCAACAAGGAGAGUAGCGCCGGCGGCGGCGAGGUCGGGAAGCAGGGGAGCCAGCGAAAGCGCGGCCGGCCGCCGGGAUCGAGGAACAGGCCUAAGCCGCCGGUGGUCAUCACACGCGACAGCGGCCACCUGGUGAGGGUGCACGUGAUGGAGGUCGCCGCUGGCCACGACGUGGUGGAGAGCGUCGCCGAUUUCGCGCGGCGGCGCCAGGUCGGCCUCGGCAUGAUCAGCGGCCGCGGGACCGUCUCCGCCGUCAACGUCCGGGGCCCAGACGGCGCCGUGCUGCCGCGACGGGGGCUUUUCGAGGUCGUGUCGCUCUCGGGGUCGGUCCUUCCGCCGCUCUCUCCGCCGGCGACGUCGUGGCUAACGGUGUACUUGGUCGGCGCACAGGGGCAGGUGGUGGGAGGGAGCGUGGUGGGGCCGAUGGUGGCGGCGGUGCCCGUGAUGAUCAUUGCGACGUCCUUCGGGAAAGCGGCGUACGAGAAGCUUCCUUUGAUUCCAGAGGAAUCAAAACAUCCCGUUGCAGGAGUCGUCGCCGGCGCUUCCUCCGCUACCGCAGCAAUUGGUGGGCGCCGGAAAUAGCCUACCGCCAUUUCACGGCCACCUGCCGCCGCUGCCAGGUCUGGUCAACAACAACCUGCCGCCGCCGC